AACACACGUCGUUCCUUCUGCAGACUCUCCCAACCUCGCCAUACGGAACAUCCUGCUCUCAGCGGAGAGGGGGAGGAGAGAGAGAUAAAGAGAGCUGAGGUCUGGCGUCUCCUGGUAGUCAACCUAACGUGACGAAAGCUAUCACGUAUCCAGCACAAAAAGUCAAAGAGAGGGUGACAAAAUUAAUAAGAAAUACUCUCUCACAGGAAGAAAUAUUCUCCCCUCGUUUUAAAAUAAUCUUGGCUACAUUACCGGAGAAGGACAAGAGCGGGUUGAGCUUUUUGUCCAGACGGAUUAAUACACGCCAGUCGGAUGUUCUCGAACAGGGGUUGCGUGCUCUGAAGUUGGAGACUACUGCCUACCGAAUACCGAGAGCGGAGAGAAGAGCUUUUGUUCCCAGGUGAAGGCUCCCGCCCCCGGCCACAGCAUGAAGCAGCCGCCGUGUCUGAUGGCGCUCCUCGCGGCGCUGCUCACCCACUCCGCGAUGGGUCAGACCUGGAGUGCCUCAAUAGAUGAAGAAGGUUCCUCUGUAGAUGGGUUCUAUGAUGAUGAAGAUCUCUUCUCGGGCUCUGGAUCUGGCUUUCCAGAGAUGAAGGCCGUCCCUACUGCGGUGGGCGUGUCUUUCACCACUGAGGAGCCUUUACCCCUCUCCACCACCCAGGCCACUGGCCCUGCCCCCUCUGCCCCACCUGCAGCCGAGCCCAGCCCGAACCCUGAUGCCCUCCCCACCCCCCUGCCGACGGAGGGAGAGGGGGAGAGCGGGAUUGAGUGGGUGAGGGAGAUGGAGAGGGAGAAGGAACGAGAGCGGGAGAGAGAACGAGAGAGGGAGAGAGAAAAGGAGAGGGAGAGAGAACGAGAAAGAGAGAGGCAACGGGAAAUAGAGAGGGAACGAGUAAGGGAACGUGAAAGAGAGCGGGUGAGAGCCGCCCAGACAACCAUCCCUCCUCGCGGCCCUGCGGCUGUCCCCAUGGCGACCACCAGCUCCGCAACACCUUGGGCAGAGAGUGCAACACCCUCUAGUGGCGUGGAGGAUUUAAGUACCACAGAGGGGGACGAGGACGUUUACCUGUCCCCAGACUCUACCACGAGCACACCUAUGGAAACCACCACAGAGGAUGAGGAAGUGACCAGUACAGUGAUUGAAACCACUCCCAUCCCCGAGACAACAGCCCAGCCCACUACAACUGGUCAAGCCCCCACUGAGAGAUCUAGCACUGCCUCCUUCAGGCCAAAAGUUCCUGUGAACAAGCCUACUAAAGCUGCGCCCACGGAAAGCAGUACCCGCCGCCAAACACCCUCUACGACAAUGAAUAACGAGUUGGGCAUUAACGGACCCAGUGGAGACUUUGAGAUCCGUGAGGAGGACCGGCGCCAGGGCAACGAGGUUGGUCGCGGCCGCGGUGUGGAGUCUGGUGCGGAGCCCGAUCUAACUGGCAACACCAUCAACACAGGAAGUUCUGCGGCUCAACUCCCCCAGAAGAACAUACUGGAGAGGAAAGAAGUUCUGAUAGCUGUGAUAGUGGGAGGUGUGGUGGGAGCCCUCUUCGCAGCAUUCCUGGUCAUGCUACUGGUGUACCGGAUGAAGAAGAAGGAUGAAGGCAGCUACACACUGGAGGAACCCAAGCAGGCCACCGUCACCUACCAGAAACCUGAGAAACAGGAGGAGUUCUACGCAUAACACACAGAGACACUCUCACACACAGGGAGAGAGAGAGAGAGAGAGAGAGAGAGAGAGAACAAGUGAGAGGAAGGAGAGAGGGAACGAAUGAGAUGCUCAUCCCUUCACGUCCCGUCGUCUCACCACUCCUUUCCAUUCCUCUGCCAUCUCUUACUCCCUCGCUUCUCUCGUUUCCUCCAUGCCAGUUGUUCCUGAGAGUGCCUGUCUCUCCACGAACUCAGAACUUUCUUUUCAACAAAAAAGGUGGGGGGGGGGGGGGAGGAAAAUAUAUAUAAGCAGAAAAAAAUCAUCCUAAACACAUGACACACAUUUUUUUAAAGUAAAUGUUGUUAUUAAUAUUAUACGAUUAUUGUUCUGAUGUAAUAAUCUGAUAAUUUUGUAAAAACACACGCUCUUAUCCUGUGUUUCAGCCCAAUGCUAAUCUAGUGUCUGUUCCACUAAGCGGAAGAUCUAAGAGAAAGAGGGAAGGAGGAGUACAGAGGCUAGAUUCCAUUUGCAAAACAGACAGCCCCUAAGCACUAGCAUCAGCCACUUGCGCUGGGGGGAAUCCUUAUCUAGACCGGAUGCAGUUUUGAUUGCCAUCUUAAGUGCUGAUCCAAUUUACAAAAGCUGCCGCCUUGGCACUUGGACCAGUUUACAACUUUACACACUUACAGGUUAAGAUACCACCUAACAUUCAGGUCAAACUGUAGUCACGUGUCUAACGCCCAUGUCCGCGAACCGUCCAAGUCAAUCAACGCCAAAAUUAAGUCGAACUUCUUGUGAGGUCGCCACUCUGUAGUGAGUUUUUCCCAACUCCGGUCAUAAAUCUCCCUGGCUUGGGGGCAAGAGCAAGUUCACUCGAAUGUGACAAUUUAAAAGGCAUUCAUUUGAGGGCUGAGGGUGUAGAAUUUAGGGGCUGUCUACUUUGAGAUUGGAACCCAGGGGGAGAUGGAACCAUGGAAGAGGGAGAGACGUUACGUCUGAUUGGCCACACACACAAUGGGGUCACAUGAUUAGAGGAAAGGUCUCAUUUGUAGUGCCUUCCAUUGUCCUGGUGCUCACACACAUACACUCUCUCUCUCUCACACACACACACACACACACAAACACAAACUCACAUACACACACUGCUUGGACCCCUCUCUCUACUUGGCCAAUCUGAUUUGAGGAACGCUCAAACAACCUCAGGAUUGUGUGGGAACAUUCACUGGUAGUUAGCAAGGGAUUCGAACCAGGGAUGUAGUGGUAUAAAAUGAUGGGUAAGUGAAGCGAUGAAGGCUGGUCAGAUGUUAGCUCAUGCUAUAUCAACGCUAACAUAGUACUAGAUGUGUAGCGGAUCUAAACACUGUUCACCAAGUAAGCAGUAUUUAAAUCACGGUUUACAAGCAUUUAUCCUCCACUACGUCUCUGGAUUGUAUUCAUUAGACACCAAACAGAAGAAAACGGACUGAAGCAGGGAGAAAGGACUACCUGGACAUGUCCAGUGAAUUCUGCCAAUACAUUGCAAAGGGUUUUACAACGUUUUCAGUUAUGUGUCUCAAUGAAUAGGACCCUGGAGCUGUAAGGCUAACACAGAGCUAACGGCUAGCUGUAUGGUCUGCUCCUUUACUCUGUACAAAGGUGAUUAGAUAUAUGAAUAGUAAUAAUAAUCAGUAAUAUAUCAAUGUUCCAGGCUGGUUGGUAAAUAAUAAUAAUAAUGAUAAUACUCGAACAAACGGGAGGAUAGGUAUUCAACGGUUUCAAAAGUUUAUAUGUAAAUAUCAUUGUUUGAAAUCCUUUUUCUGUCUUCACUCUAACCGUUCACAUGAUCACUGUAUCUAUAUCAUGUCAAUCUGUGGAGCUGUGCUCUCAACACACACACAAGAAUACGCUCACACACACACACACACACACACACGCACAUAUAAAUAAAUGCACGUAAUAACACACCCAGACACACAAAAACAUCACCUACGCUUCAGUGACGAAAUACAUAUAUAAAUCAUAUCACUCACUCGACAUAUCAUCAGACUAGGUGGAUUCAGUACAUUAGUGAUCGGUCAGUUGCUGGUUUCGAGUUAGGUCGUUUGUGUAAAAGCACAGGCGUAUAUUAUCCAAUCCCCUGCAUGCUCGCUUCCUUUCCGUUCUUCCAUUGGCUGUCUGUCAGGGGGGGGUGGGCGUCUUUGGGACUGUGAGGGAUGGGAAGGAGUGGCUUCAAGUAGGAGUCGUUCUUGGGUAGGUUGGGUUGGGGGUGGGGCUUCCUAUCUAAGAUUGUAACAAUAACCAACACACCAGUACGACUGAACUAGUAGCUUCUAAUAUACUCAGUACUGUAGAACAACUGCAUGGAAGUCUAACUAUACUAGUCUGUGUGUGUGUGUGUGUGUGUGUUUGUGUGUGUGCAAGUGCAUGUGAGGGAGUGCAUGAGUGUGAGGGGUGUGUUCAGAGAGGAAUGUACUGUCGGCAGGUGUGUAUUUUACCUGCUCCAGCAGUUCUGACGCUCUUCCAUAGUCAGGUAGUCACACCUGUACCCCUGCCCCUGCGCGCGUGCGCGCGUGUGCGUGUGUGUGUGUGUAUACACCUCACCUACUUUUCCCCCUCCUUUUGAGCAGUGAACACCUAACUCUCUUGUUUAACAUCUUGUGUAGAUGUGCGUGCGUGUGUGUGUGUGUGUCUCGCUCGUUCACUGCUGAGUGUGGGGCUAGUUUGCGCUUUCACACGCUAUCUCUCGAUCACAGUCCGUUUGUCUGUAGCAAGACCUACUGACAUCACAUCAUAUAGACACACAGAACUGACCUGAACACAAACUGGCUUUUCUAAACGUAUUUUUCAACUGUUAACACGUGUUUGUACCCAUAUAAGUCUACAUAGCCAAAUAAGAGGUGUGUAUGUAUGUAUGUAUGUAUGCGUGUGUGUGUGUGUGUGUGUGUGUGCCAAGCCUGCGUAAGGCCACACCACUCUAUGUUUGCUGUUACCAUCCUGUUUUUAUACAUUUGCAUUUUUUAAGGCGUUUCUGUCAUUGGCUGCUGGGCGCCAGGGGGCGGACCUCCGCGCGACAGUCCUGCCACUAAUCUGCCACUGUUCCAAAUAAAAUACCGUAUUGGUUGA